AUGUCAACUGUUCAAAGUGUUCAAACUUUCGGUAAGAAGAAGACUGCUACUGCCGUUGCUCAUGUUAAGGCCGGUAAAGGUUUGAUUAAGGUUAACGGUUCUCCAAUCACCUUGGUUCAACCAGAAAUCUUGAGAUUCAAGGUUUACGAACCAUUAUUGUUAGUUGGUUUGGACAAAUUCACUAACAUUGAUAUCAGAGUUAGAGUCACUGGUGGUGGUCACGUUUCCCAAGUCUAUGCUAUCAGACAAGCUAUUGCCAAAGGUUUGGUUGCUUACCACCAAAAGUUUGUUGAUGAACAAUCCAAAAAUGAAUUGAAGAAGGCUUUUACUUCUUACGACAGAACUUUGUUAAUUGCUGACUCCAGAAGAUCAGAACCAAAGAAAUUUGGUGGUCGUGGUGCUCGUUCUAGAUUCCAAAAAUCCUACCGUUAG